AGUUAGCAUCAAGGCUCAAGCGUCCACGAAGUGGGCACACGACCGUUUACUCGUCAGGCCCCGGUUGUGAUGGCAACCCCUGUUGGGUGCUUAGACACAGACCGAUGCGCAUUCGGCAUUGAGGCGCUUGUAUCUGCCGUCCCCCCCCCAUCGGACCAAGCUGGAAGCGAAUUGCAAAUGUCGCCCAUCCUAGAAGCCAUGUCUCCCCAUCACGGUGUGUUUUUCGCGACUGUCGAGGGCAGCGUGCGCAAGCUGAGCCAUGCGGAGCUCGAGGACAUGCUAGGAUGCACAUACAUUCACCACCUGAUCUUCGAGGAGGAGAAGAUUCUGAAGCAGCGAGACCUUUGGUCCUUUCCCCCGCCAGUCUCCCCGAGCACACCCUUCGGCAAUGUGCCAACCAGUAAGAAACUCGGGUGCGAUGAGCUGUUGAGCAAUGCUGAAAUGCGAACAGAUCUCGUGCUCGUUCGACAUGUUGGCAUAGUUGAGGGUGUUGACAUCGGUCUCGGCCUGUUCGCGUCGCUGCCCAUCCCCGCGAAUACAUUCUUGGGUGAGUACACAGGUGUUGUGAGAAAGGUGUUGCCGGUCGGCGACGACAUCAGCUACUCGUACGCCCUACCCAUGAUCGAUCCAGAGCUUGUGAUUGAUGCAAAGAAGUUUGGAAAUCUUUGCCGACUUAUCAACCAUAGCGAUACAGAGUGGAAUUCUGAGCUCAUCAGCGUGGAACACGAGGGUCUAGUUCAUGUGGUUUGCCGCACCGUGCGCGACAUCAAGCCCGGCGAGCAGAUACUGAUUCACUAUGGCUCAAAGUAUUGGGAAGCUAACAGUCGCAAUUGCGUGCGAUUGUCACCAUUGUGAGAAGUAUAGCGUCCAUCGUGUGUGAGGCAUGCGUUCAGGCCUGUCAGCGCCUAGCAGUUAUUCGACAUGUUGCCCCCUAAACCGUCGGCUUUUAAGCUGGUCUAGCGACGGGAAAAAAUCUUGCUUCACGUG